AUGCAUCUCCUACGCUCUAUUAUCGCCCUCGCCACCCUCCUAGCCCCCCUUGCUAUAGCUGCUCUUACUCUCGGUAGUGCUAUCCAUGAGGACGACGUUCAACGCUUCAAUCGUCUUAUGAAGCGGGUGGAGGAUAAUGGCGAACAAUAUGAGACGGUCUAUAGAGACGAUAGAGAAUUAGUCAUUAUUUACGUCGAAAAGAACGGCAAAAUCACGACCUAUCAGGUCUUUAGGGCCAGCAAAAACGCUCCUGCAUUUUUCCGAAUGCACCCAACCGAUGGUGGAAAGAGGCCGCAGAAGGGUCGCAAGGUCGGAAAGGGUCGGAAGGUCGUAACUAGCCAAUCACUGGGCAGUCGUGGACUAGAAUGA